AUGCGCUCGAGGAAAGGGAACGUCGAUGCUUGCGGCUUCCAGAGCUAUGCGGCCGUUCUGCAGAGAGCACACGCAUUGUACCACCACUCAUCUUCGACGCGUGACUGGUCGGCGCGGAUCUUCAUCCUCUCAUCGGUUCUCCGAAAUGCCAUCGCGCCCACCGUCCUCCACCAUACGCUCGCCAUCCUUAAUGUCCCCGCCACUCCCAGUCCGGAUACGCAGACAGAAGUUCUGGAACGCUAUAUCGACCGCUACCUCCAGGCUGGCUCCUUGCUCGAGUUUCCCGCAGAUGCGGCGGCCAUGACUGCCCUUCGGCGCCUCUACUCGCGCAUCUCGUACUUCGUCGAUUACUGCUCUCGAGCGAUGCGAGCCCUGGCCACGAAGCCCGACGGCUAG